GCCGUUUCAAUGCCCAAACCGUUGCCGCCACCGACGCCCCCUUACCAAAUAUCCUUUUUAAAUUGGUGGGCUAAGCUGUUUCAAAGUUGGAACGAUGUCACAAGCGAAGGGGAUGUCUCAUUGUCCGGAAAAGGCGUCACUCUGAGGAAGUUGUAUUCACACAAUGGGCCGGAAGAUGCGGAUUCUUAUUUGUACAGUUUUGUAAAAAGCAGACUGGUUUUUCAAAAACGUAGAGCGUGUCGGUUUCCUUUGGAAUUGUCUCUUGUAUCGUACUUGGAGACAUUAAGAAAGAAACAGGAUGUAGAUUUUGAUGUAAAUGGCGGAAUUACACCACAGCAAAAAAUUACAGGAUUUGAUAAAUAAAAAUGUGAUGGGUACACAGAUUUACAUACUCUCGGACAGGCGGCAGUAAAGGCACUAAAUCCGUAUGCUUUCAGUUUCAAACUAGUCUGUGAAUGCCUAAAUUGCCUAAUGGAUCUAGAAUAACACGACCAGUUUACUUUAUCAUGGGUUCCGGGUCAUGAAGUUAUGUAGGGAAAUGAACAGGUUGACUAUCAAAACAAACGGGCAGCCCUCUCACCUAUUAGCCUAGAACCACAACUAGUUGAACUAGUUGUGUGUUCUUAAGUUGGAGCUGGAAACUGCCUUCAGAUAGAAAAACUGGAGAAUUGAAUAAAACACCAGGUACGAGGGAGGCUGAAGAUUU